ACAGGUUGCCUCCCGCGCCACCAGAUGGCAGAACGGCAAUCGAUCGCUGCCUCCCAGACACAACCCAGCCAGUGCUCAGGACGGUUGCGUGACCCAGGCCCAGGAACAAGUGCAUCAUUUUGCUGUCGUUUUCGCCUUUAUUUUGACUUACUAACAGGUGUGGCAUCCGUCAGGAGGGCAGCAGCAGCAGCAGCAGGUGGAUCUGAAGCAGGUGUCGGGUUAGCGCUGGAGACCUAAUGGUCCGCCAGCGUACCCUAUGUUGAGCCUGCGCCUCGUGUCCACUAGGUCACUGAAACAACCUUAGGCAGGACCAUCAUGUGCCGUGACAGAGAUAUGAACCCUUGACCUUCUUUUCUACCUGCCCGCUGCCCAGUUACCAUCACCACCGUCGCCGUCGCCAUCACAGUCGUUGACGACACCGUCACUACCUACUGUCGCCGCUGCCGCCGCCACGACCACUGAUUCAAUCCAGGCACUGAAACCGCCGUCUUAUCCCCGACCACCAUCACGGCCGCUAUCGCCGCCAUCACGUGGUCGCCUCUGCCUGCACUGUCUGCUCGCCGUCACCCGGGGCCGUCACCAUCACAGCCAGCAACAGCAGCUUGCGUCAGGCUGAACCAGCUGUUUCUCAGUGUAACUCAGCUUAAAUAAGUCUCUGUCAGCCCAACCCAGCAGGGCUCGGAGUGCUCAGAGCCUCAGGGCAGUGGCACGGCCCUUCCCUUUCCCUCACCACAUCCACCACUACCACCGCCCUUCUUCCUCAGCUACCCUUUACGCAUACCCUUCCCAAAGGCCGGGCUACCCGCCUUCCUUCGAGUGAACACCCUUCCCCUCACGGCAGGAGACAACCUGUCGGCUCCCUUCCCCUGUCCCUGGACCACCCUUCCCUCACCCUUCCCCACCCUGGCCUCCACCGCCUUACCUCCGCACUACAGUGAAACACAACCGCCACAUCUCAUUUUCUGUCUUUCCAUGGUUGCGGGCAAGAUCUUUGUAUAAAAAUGUACAUAUGUAUUAUAUGAACAAAUGCAGGUGAAGUGCAUGUGAUAUGAUAUGAAGAAUAUAUUUAACAGAUAGACUCUAUUAGAUAAACUACAGAGAAGAGGCUUAUAUAAUUUUUCGCGGAAGAGGUAAACAAAUUAUUUGCUGGGAAAGAUAACUUGGGAUAGAAUACAUACAGCAAGAAAAGACGUAUAUAUAAAAAAAAAAAAGAUCCUUCUGCUGCUACGAGGUGAACCAUCGAGACAUCCGCCUGAGCAAGAGUGACGCGCUAACAGCAAGCUAAGAAAGAAAGAAAAAAAAAAAAAAAAAAAGACGAGGAAACGCCUGAUCCAUAACGGAGAGCUCUGAGAGCCAACACCAACACCACGACGAAACAGCUUUAGGCGACACUUGGAAGAACAGCAGCAGCAGCAGCAACUCAACAAGAAGCAAAACAAGAAAGGAAAAGGUAGGAGGGGGCGAGGACAACACCCACGUGACAGCCGCCCACCCCCACCACCACCACCACGAAGCAUCCACACCACACCACCACCACCACCGCCACCUCUGCUCCCCUCACAGUGCUGUUGUUACACCUGCUUCUCACGUGCAGUUCCUCACAACCUCUGAGAAGUUCAACCACCCUAGCGACAUUCGAUUGCCACACCGCACGCGUCCAGACCAAACAAACGGUGCCUCCUGUCUGGUGGACGGAACGUGACUGAUGUCUCAUUCUCCUGUGACUCCUACAACGUGCUGUACUUAGAUUUAGGCGUGCCACAGAGGGCCGCUACUCGUUGGUGAAGGUCAGGGGAGGCGUCCCGUUGUAAUCACGGAGCCACCUACCCGCCACCUACCCGCCCGCGGCGCGCCCCCUGGCCCCCAGGGCACACCUCAGGCCCCUUUCGGACCUCUGGUUGCCCGCACGCCCGCGAGGCACUAGGGACCCCGAGCCAUGCGCCGCCCUUCAUUCUGCUGCGACCAGCAUGGCGGGGAUCACACCAAGUGCCAGCCGCAGGACGGCGGGGAGAGCACCCUGGCCCGGGUCCGCAGGUUUCUGGCGCUGUCCAUGGGGGGACGCUCCGCCCCCCGAUGCAAGCACCAGAACGCCCUGCCGCCGGACCCCAUCCACUCCCCGGCCCUCGCCGUCCACUCCCUCCUCGCCGACAUGAAGAGUGCCGGCGUCGGAGUGCAGGGCGUGCUCGGUCGCCCCCUGGAGGAGGUGAUGGCUGAGCACGGUGAAGACUCGAGCGGCCAUGGCGUCCCGACCCUAGUGCACCUGCUGUGCUGCUUUCUGCUGACCCACGGGGUGGACUACGACACCCUGGUGAGUGAGGACUGGUGCGCCGAGGAGGUGAGGACUCGCCUGCUGCUGGAGCGAGGAGCCGCAGGUGUAGAGCCCGACACUCAGCAGGUGCCCCCAGGUUCGGACUCCGCAGUGGCCACGGGUCUGCUGCGCCUCUUCUUGGACGAGCUGCCACACCCACUCCUACCCAGCGACGUGGCUCCCCUCCUCCUGCAGCUGGCCGACGACUCUGGCGUGGGUGAGAACAAUGGCGAGAGCAGUGGAGGGAGCGUGGGCGUGGGAGGCGGGGGAGGGGCGCCAGGGCUGAGUGUAGCCGUGGUGCCUCGCCUUCGCCGCCUGCUGCACCGCCGCCUGCCGCUCCACCACCUUUGUCUCCUACGCUACCUGGCGGCCUUCAUCCACCAGCUGAGGACCGGGAACCACAACACGUGCCCCGUGCCGGUGGACCUCCCUCAGUAGGGGUGCUGGCAAGGAUCCUCACGGAGCGGGAGAGUCCUGCCCCACAGAAAGCCUCUGCCAACAGAUUGGGCGAGCUGCUCAUUCUGUGCUACACCGACAUCUUCCAGGCGGUGGGCGAGGUGGUCCAGGAGCCAGAUGAUUUUAGUGACAGCGUCAGCAGCCCGGACAGCGCUGGCGACUCGCGGGAGGAGGGGCUGGACGACGCCGAUGAUGAUGACGCGGACACCACCACCACGGACACGGACGACUUCAGGUCCCCGCCGGUGUCUCCGCUGAAGGGCGAGCGUCCCUGGGGGUCUUCGGGGAUAAGGGCUCCCUCGUCACUGGUCCUCCACCCUCCUGCUCUCUCCUCAAGGUGGGUACAAGCUUCGAUGUCGCCACUGUGAUGCAGGUAGAGUUGCUGAACCAUUGUCUUGUCUUAGAGAGAGAGAGAGAGAGAGAGAGAGAGAGAGAGAGAGAGAGAGAGAGAGAGAGAGAGAGAGAGACGUAAGAAAACAAAAAAAAUAAAAUAAGAUGAAAAACAUGUAUGAAAGUUUUACAGUAUUGAGCUUCCCAGACGUGCCAAGCCUCCGGGGACACUGCCACUUGAGAGGGGAGAGGGAGAGGGGAGGGAGAGCAACACUAAGGGGAGAGAGAGAGAGAGAGAGAGAGAGAGAGAGAGAGAGAGAGAGAGAGAGAGAGAGAGAGAGAGAGAGAACACCGCUGGACGCUGGCGGGGGUUACGUGGGAGGGGUAGGGAUGGGCAGGAAGUGUCGGGCGAGGUUCUCGUUCCCAUGAGACUUGACUCUCCUUAAGUUUGCUGAUCGGACGCGAAGCUUUGUGAGGGAAGUUGUCCUGUAAAAGGAGAGACGAAAAAAUGAGGGAACAUAAAUGGGUGAAAGCGAGAGGAAAUGGACUGGCACAGUAAAAGAACGAAGGAAUAAAAUAAGGUGGAAAGAGGAAUGGAAAAGACGAAAAAUAAUAGAAAAUAGAAAAAAUGGGAGGAUAGUUAAAGAAAAGAGUGGACGAAAAAUGAGAGAUAGGAAGAAAGAAAAAGGGAUGAAUAAAGGGAGGGAUGGACAAAAAAUCAGUAGCAAGAAAAAUGAAAAAGGAUGAAAAGAGGAAAUUGAAGAAACGAAAAAUGGGAAAUUCCAAGAAUGAAAGAGGAAACAGGAAGGAGGAAAAGGGGGAUUUAGGAGAACGAAAAGUGGGGCAAGUAAAAGAGAAAAAGAAGGGAAAAAUAACAGGAAAAAAGAAGAAAAGAAAAUGAAAGAGGGAGGAAAUAGAAAAAAAAUAAAUAGAAGGGACAGACAUAAUAAAAAAAAAUAACAGUAAAAUAGGGAGUUUGAGGAAUGGAAAUAAACGAACAAGAAUAACAAUGAAAUAAAGAACGAAAACCAAAGUAAAGGUCAAAGAUUCGAGUGAAAAAAUAAGAGAAAAGAAGAAAAGACACAAUAAAACCUACAAACAAACAUGAGAAGAGGUAAAGAACAAUUGUCGGGAUGAGGCGUGUGUUUGGGGAUCUUUCCUUCACUGCAUUCUUUGUGCUUCUCUUCCCCCUCGGUUGUCAUUGUCCAGUAAACCUCUCUUGACCUCUCAUUGUGUGUCAUCACCUUCUCCUCAUCCUUGUCCUCAGCCUCUUCACUUUCUUAAAUAUCAAUACUACGAGUGUGGACUAGGCGCUCCGUGUGUGUGUGUGUGUGUGUUUGUGUGUGUCUGGCGGCGAGGGAGUGGCGUCGGCCUGGCGGUGGUGUCUGGCUGGCUGGACGUCACACCCACUGAUGCAUGGCGGCGGCAGUCCACACACACACACACACACACACACACACACACACACACACACACACACACACA